AUGAGAGCUGUCUUCUUUUCCCUUAUACUUUAUAGUAUUCUCUCAGUUGCGCAACCAUAUCCCGAAUAUGCAACAGAGCCUACUAGAACUCUACAUCGUCGCGGUAGUACUCGUACUUCCAAAUUUAUGGCACAGUUCACCAAAGGCGCAAAGGCUUGGAAAUCAUAUAUCGCUGCGCUAGAGGAAGGCAAAGACGAAAUGAAAUCCACUUUUUCGAUGGAAUCUGCUGGCGCCUCCAUGAGUACGACAAAAACAGUUGAUAAAGAUGGAUGGUGGUAUCGCGACUACACAGCCAAAUGGGAAGAACACAUCGCAAUUUCCACGCUCGUCAGCUCGAACUUGGAUAUCAAUCUCGUCGGCUAUGAAGCCAGAGAAUAUCGUAAUCCCAACAAUUUUUACGCGAUCAUGUAUUUCGACUGCAAAAAUGGAAUCAUGGUGUCAUCAUCUGCUUAUUUCAAAACGGAAGGCGAUAAUCCAGUCGCAUCUGAUUACCGAUGGUCUGAUGUAGCUUGGGAACUAUGGACCAUCAAGUGCUCUGCUCAUAAGACACAUUUACGAUAUAUUGUCCGCGAAAACAUACAGAAUCCAGUCUCUGAACUUGUCUUGGAUGAAACACUGAAGGCUCGGAAGAUAAACCCAGCAGAUUAUUCCCCGACGAAAAUAACUUGGAAGAACGGUGUUCCCACUUGUGACGAAUCUUCAGGCGACUGUGAUUUCUACAGUCUUGUCCAUACACCUAAUGUAAUCGGAACUCUUUUCCUCACAAAAGACCACGCCAGCAAGCUGGAAUUCCCCCGAGUGGCUUCUAUUAAGGCUUGGAAGUCCGUAGAUCAGGAGUGGUGGAGUGCUAUCAAACUUGAGUCACUCGAAUGUUAG